UUUUCGUCAACAAAAGAACGGAAUAGUUUAGUCGAUUGUUUAGAUUUCAACGAAACUCUUCGCGAUGAAACUUCUCUGUAUUUGCUUUGUAGGCCACGUGUUUAUUGUUCUUUCCUGGGCAGCCCCAACCAUCGAUAAUGUUCUCAACCAGAACACCCCGUACAUCAAGGACCUUCUGCGACAAGCCAAAGUUGCCGAGAUAGAGAGCUUUAUGGACCAAAAGGUCGAUCCGUGCAACGACUUUUACUCGUUUGCGUGUGGCAACUAUAAUCGCAUUAACUCAGCAUCAGCCUUAGGUGUACUAAAUACUGGUAUAUUCGAAACCCUGACCUACGGUCUAAAUCGAAAGAUCCUGAAGAUGCUCAACACGGCGCAUGACACCCGAGACACUCCGCAGGACAUUCAGGUGAAGCACUUCUACGAGUCCUGCCUCCGGAUCAAGGAGCUCAACUCCACCUACACCCAAAAGCUAAAGCAGCUGAUCGCCGAGUUCGGAACGAUGCCGGUGCUAGAGGGCUCCUCCUGGCAGGAGGACGACUUCGAUUGGCUGGGGACCACAGCACGGAUGUCUUUUCGUUAUGGAAUAGCGCCCGUUUUGGGCGUUGAAGUUAGCAAGGACUUCGCCAGCAACCAAAGGAACCGGAUAUACCUAGGGCAGCAGGAAUUUCCGCUUGAGGAGAGGUCGAUGUACGUGGACAACGCAACGGCCAUAUACCGUCAGAGAUAUCGUAAUUCUAUCCAACGCGCCUUGCAGCGAUUCCUGGGCGUGAAGUUGGAUCUAGCUAAACAGACGGCCAAAGAACUAAUGGACUUCGAGGUGGAUCUGGCCCAAGGACUCGUCGACGAUAGCAAAGGACUCGGAAUAAGUGAGUUGACCGAGCUACUGACUGUGAGGGAGAUACAAAAGCGGUAUUUUCCCACUUUGGACAUCGACCGACUUAUAUUUGUGAGCACGGGAGAGCGAGUUUCUGAUGAAAUCUACGUAUUCAACAAACGUUAUCUGCAAAACCUGGUCGAGGUCAUUAAGCGUACACCAAAGCGUACUAUAGCGAACUAUAUGUUCUUCCGGCUGGUCUGGGAAUUUGUGGAGACGCCAGCCGACAAUCCGAAGAAGCAGAAACAGGCCUGCGUGGACCUCACCAAAAAAGUGUUUGCCAAGAACCUGGACAACAUGUUCUACCGUCGCUACAACAACGACAAGUCCUCCAGAGAAAUCGAAAACAUGUGGCGUCAAUUGAAAGCCACCUUUAAUGAGACACUGCAUUCGAGUCCGGCACUGAACUGGAUCGAGCGACCCACAAGGAACUUGGCCAUCGCCAAGCUGCAGGCCAUGAAGCUGGAGGUGAACAACUAUGCCGAGGUUAACUUUACCGAAGAUUUGGAGGAUCUCAAUCUGCAGAGUGCCGACUACGUAGAGAAUGUGCGACAGACGUUCCUUCUUGCCGCAAAACAGAUGCGCGAGAUGCUCCACAAGCCGGCCAAACCAUUAGAGUCGGGCUCUGAGCUUAGUUACACUCCGGCCAACAUCCUGGUUGAGAACAUCAUCAAGGUUCCAGUUGCCCUUCUACAACCCUUCUACAUUUGGGCCGAUGUCUAUCCCAAUGCGGUGAUGUUCGGCACCUUGGCCUCCCUAAUUGGACAUGAGUUAAUCCAUGGAUUCGACGACAGUGGACGAAAGUUUGAUGCCAAAGGAAACUCAAAUGACUGGUGGGACGAAGAGUCCAGUAGCAACUUCUUGAAACGCAGGGAAUGCUUCACAAAGCAGUAUGGAAAGUAUGUUUACGAUGGCAUUCAGCUCAAGGAGUCCACUUCGCAGGAGGAGAACAUUGCGGACAACGGCGGCAUGCGUCUGGCCUACACCGCCUACCGGAAGUGGUACGAGUCCCAACUGGCACUGAGCAAUGGCAGCCAGGAUCUGGCCAAGGAAAGACUGCCCGGCCUGCGGUACUCUGCCAAGCAGAUCUUCUUCAUCAGCUUUGCUCAGAUCUGGUGCAACGAUGCGCAUCCAAGGGUAAAGGCCCUUCAAGUAUCCACCGACUCGCACAUGCCAGGAAAGUUUCGCGUUAUUGGCUCGUUAUCGAACUUUGAUGAGUUCUCCAAAGAAUUCAACUGUCCAGCCGGCUCAGCCAUGAAUCCUGUCGUAAAGUGCAUAAUCUACUAGAGAUGGAGGGCUCGAGGGCUAACAGAACUAAUAAUCAUAUUAUUAAAGUAAAAUUCAACAUCCCUUAAUAAACUUGUUACACUCAAUAAAGCACCUUACAUAAUACUCUUAAAUUCA